AUGAACUGGCAGGUAUACCGCGAGGGUAGCGUGCGAUGGCGCGGAGGAAUGAGCGAAGUAAGUGAAGAUUCGGAGGAUGGUGAUGCACCGUAUAUAUCCAGUGAUGAAUCUACACAUGGGGUCGAUCUGGCUGAGCGACUUCGAGUAAAGCCAUCUAGAGACAUUUGGGAGUUAGAGGAUAUACUGUUUGUGCUGCGACAGCUGCCACUUUCAGAGGAAUUAUUAGCAAUACUGGAUUCCGGGCAUAACGAAGAUGUCAUAAACUUUAUAUCACAAGAGGACAAUAAUGGUAGAAUGAAGACGGCCGUGUUAUGGGCUUCUUGGUUAGGAAAAAGCUCGUUGCUGUCAAAGUUAUUAAAAUUAGGUGCUAAUCCUAAUAGUAAAGAUGGCGCUGGAAGAACGUGUCUACAUCUCAGCUGUUUGGUUGCUAAUGAGGACUGUGUAAAACUACUAUUGGAACAUGGAGCUGAUCCAAAUAAAUGGGAUUCAAUAACCGAGAGGAAAGCAACACCAUUGCACUGCGCAGCAAGCGCGAAAUCUUUAAUAUGCGUCAAGGUAUUACUAAGCCACGGCGCUGAUGUGAAUGCGGGCCUCAGCGAGCGUUCGCCGCUGCAUUACGCUGUGCUGAGCGAUGCGCCGGAUGUUGUCAGCGCAUUGUUAGAGGCGGGCGCCUGCCCUGACACACCGCAGGUUUUCACUGAAACGCCUUUGCAUGUGGCAGCCUCACUGGGUUCGGAUACGUGUAUGAAGCUACUUUUAGACGCGGGAGCAGACGUGCGGGCAGCUUUGGGACCCGGAAGAACCACGGCAUUACACCUGGCCGCUGUGGACGGUCAUGCUGAAUGUACUAAACUGCUUCUAGACCAUGGAGCACAUAUCGAUUGUCCUAAUUCGAGAGGACAGACGUCUUUACAUCUGGCCGCUUUAGCGCAAUCAAUAGAAGUAGUAGAAUUACUAGUCGGCAGAAGGGCUGAUGUACGUGCAAGAGAUAUUGAUGGCAGAACCCCAUUACACGGUUCUAUUGUAAGAGGAGCACGGGCUUGUGACGUGGCGCGACUCCUACUAUCAGUUGGUGCGGAUCCUAAUGCACCGGACAACUUUGGAUACACGCCAUUACAUAUUGCAGCUCUGAAUGAAUUUUCUGCUUGCGUCUUGUUGCUAUUAGACUAUGGAGGAGACGUGACCCUUCGUACAAAUGGUGGCGUAUCAGCACUUUCGUUCAUCGUACGUCGCGUGCCCGACGUCGUUCCACGUUAUCUGCGGAAGCUCGAUGAUGCGGUGCACGUGAGCGAACAUGAACUAGGCGAUGUUGACUGCGAAUUUACUAUUGACUUUCGACCACUAGUACCAAGCCUGUCUCGUGGUGAAGCUGAGUUGUUGUUGGCUUUUAUUGAGGUCGGUCAUAAAGAUGUUCUCAAGCAUCCAGUUGCAGAAACCUUUCUAUUCUUGAAGUGGCGAAGAAUACGAAAAUUUUUCGUGAUGAGCUUCGUUUACCACGCUUUGUUUAUAACUCUGUACAGUCUCUACAUUUUACAAAUAUUCCUGUGCGAGGACGUGACCUGCGCUGUACCAUCGUAUCUCCGGCCUGUGCAAUACUUGAUCCUCCUUCUCAACCUAUGCUUUAUGUGCAAGGAGCUAUUUCAGUUAUGCCUGGACUACUCCGCAUAUAUAAGGCAGUGGGAGAAUUGGCUGCAGAUAUUGAUAAUUAUUGGCGUGUUUUUAUGUACGGUGCCAACAUGGUACAUGGAGGAUGGGGUAGCAAAAAUUACAUCAAAUUGGCAGCAUGAUGUAGCCGCUGUUACUAUAUUCUUCUGUUGGCUGGAACUAAUGAUGAUAGUUGGCCGUUUCCCAACAUUUGGCCUGUACGUACAGAUGUUCACUACAGUUACGGUGAACUUCGCAACGUUUCUUCUGGCGUAUAGCUGCCUAUUAAUAGCGUUCGGUCUUGCAUUCAGUGUGUUAUUUAGCAACUACCCCGCAUUUCACCUUCCCGCCGGCCUGGUCAAGACUGUAAUGAUGAUGUCCGGUGAACUGGAGUAUGAGGACAUAUUCUAUGACAACGGAACCGCCUCCAAGAUCCAAUAUCCCUUUACAGCGCAUGGAAUGUUCUUGAUAUUUGUCUUGCUUGUUACUGUCAUAUUGACAAACUUGCUAGUUGGAUUGGCAGUAAGCGAUAUACAGGCUUUACAAGAAAGUGCUGGUCUAGACAGACUGGUGCGUCAGACGCAAUUAGUAGCGCAUCUAGAAAGCAUGCUAUUUAGUUCUUUGUUAACCUGCGCACCUAAGCAGUUAUUAGCCGUAUUGCGUUGGGGAGCGUUACUAACAGCAUCUCACAUGCGGACACUCAACAUUCGACCCAACGACCCAAGGGAAAAUCGAAUACCCAAAGAGCUGAUAUCAUCAAUUUAUAAAAUGGUGGCCAGUCGAAAUAUUACAAAAAAGAGUAUACGCAGGAAUAAUAAUUACGAAUGUCGUGUACGGAAAUGUAAAGAAGAUGAAGAUAUCGAAAGGCGGAUCGUAAAACGGAAAAGCAAUAUGUUUGAUCAAUUUUCGUUAGAGAACCAACAAGCGGAACGAAGAAAAAGGACUAAAUCGAGUUCUGUAGAAAACAGGAACAGACCUAUGUCAGUGAACAUCAACACAAUACAAGAAAUAUGUAUGGUAGACAUAAAAACUCAAAUAGCAGAUUUGACAAAAAAAAUCAACAAAUUACUUGAAACUACCGAGUCCAGGUUAAAUGUAAUAGAAAAUAAACUUGAUAAUAGAUGA